ACACUUGGUGUGAAAAUGAUGUCGAGAAUUAUCUGUCAUUUGAUUUCAUGAAGAUCUUUUCUGAUGUCAAGUCUGAAAACUGCAUGAAUAAAUUGCACAACAUCGGCAUAACAGUAGACUAUACUUUUAUCUAUAAGUUGAAAACAUUUUCGAUACGCUGAAAAUAUGACUGACAUAGAAUGGAUAUCAAAACCUAUGAAAUAUGGGACCGUAAAAUAUGCAUGCCUGGAAGAAGCCGUAGACCAUCCUCUAAAACCAGUUGUAAUCACCUUGAUUGAUGGGCGUAGUGCGACUAGACGAAAUGCGUUACGAAGUACGAGCACUAAUUCCUCUACUGGAACACCGACACCGACGCACACGCCAGUUCCUAUAAAUCCACUCAACGAUCCACUGUUGAGCCAUCCUUCCCUGGACGGUUCGGAUCCUCUUACGCAAUUUGCACGCGAAGAAUUGGAUCCUCUCUCUAAGAUGGCUGCAGAUGAGUGGGACUAUUCCAAUAUCGCACUUGCUGGUAAAAAAGUAAAAGACACAGCUGAGGAAUUGGUAGAACCAUGGUCUCUUAGACGCUCGGCUAUACUCAGUAAAUAUACUACCUCUGAGAAGUUGUCGAUCGUUACCAGUUUCCUACCAGGUGGAGAAAAAGUUGUGGUAAAAGUUCAGCCAAGUGGGCCAAUGGUCGACAAAGUGAAGACGCGACUGGAGCAGUUGGAUGACUUUGAGGAAGGCUCGAUUAGACAAAUGCUGGACUUGUCGCAGCAACAGUACACAGCGCGAAUUGAACAAUUGAACAACGAAUUGGUACAAGCCUGGCAUUCCGAUCAAAGAGUGAAGGCGCUCAAAAUUGCGAUUCAGUGUGCCAAAUUGUUAGUAGACACAUCCGUAAUGGCUUUUUAUCCAAGCAAGUUUGUCCUCAUCACAGAUAUAUUAGACAUUUUUGGGAAGCUUGUGUACGAAAGAUUGAAAAUGAAGGCUGAGUACUACAAGCCAGGCAGCAAAACGCCAACAAGCUUGCCCGAUAACUUCACGCCCGACAUGGUUCCCGAAAAUGCAAAGGAGACGUGUCGGAAUUGGUUCUACAAAAUAGCUUCUAUACGUGAAUUGGUGCCGCGUCUCUAUGUAGAAAUGGCAAUAAUUAAGUCCUACAGUUUUCUAACCACGAGUGAAUUUAAUACCGCUCUGCUACGCAUAACAAGUAUGAUAAGAGGAAUUGGCAACCCACUGAUCGCAGUUUACGCGAGAUGCUAUCUGUGUCGCGUGGGAUUGGCGUUGAACAAAACGUCGGAUUUCAAAUUCGUGAAAGAGAACUUUUACGAUUUUCUUUUUACGUACCAGCAGCUAUUUGGAUCUACCGUGAGAAACGAAUUGGCGAAGCAAAAUCUCACUUUGCACUCGUAUCUGAAUCUUUAUUCACCGGCUCUCGACUGGAUUAUGCAGGUUUUAGUGGCAACGUUGCCCGAGAGCCUUCUCAAAGAAGUCCUGUCGCGAUGCAAAAAGCAGGAGAAUAGAUCGUUAUUGUUAAACACAGUGCUAACUGCAUUUAAGCCAGCAUAUAUCGCUGCACGCGCUAUAGAAUUUGUAAAUCUAAUAGUGGCGAGUGAAGACGAUGGGUAUCCUCAGUAUCUCUUAUAUCGAAGUUUCGGCGAGUGCCUCGUGCGAGAAUCUCCACCGAAAGAAGAUUGUCAAUCGGUGUUGAAUGUGAUAUGGAAAUACAUAACGGAACUCACAGAUUCCAAUAAGUUUAUGCAUUGCAUCGAGAUCUGGAUCCAAUUUACCGUCAUACAUUUCUCUGUAAACGAAUUGAAUUUAUUUUUUGGCAAAAUAAUCGAUCACCUGCGACCGAAUAAAGCUUUCGAAAACUAUUACCCGCAAUUGCAGAAUAUCGUUGAGAAGAUAGUCGCUCAUACGCAAGAUUUUGAAUCACUGCUUGCCGUGGAUAAUUUCUUGCCGUUAAUUGACCUGUUCCACAAGGAAAGUAUCAAGGUCGAGGUCUGUAAAACCGUUAUAGAAGGAUUAAGUGCACAAAGUGGGUCUAUUACGGAUCCGAUUAUCAUAAAUGCUCUGAUGUUCAUCGCAAGAAUAAUGCACGAUUCCGUCAGUGCCUUGACUGUCGAAGACGAGAAACGACAGAUUGGACAGCUCAUUUGCGGCCUGGUGCAACGAGUAGAUUACGGGCGCGAUUUUGAAAAGCAGCUUAGCUUCUAUGUAGAGGCCAGGGCAGCGUUUCCCAAUCUUGACAGCGUUCAUGUACAACUUGUACAGUGUGUGAAUAGAUUAUCAGUUGACACCAGAAAAAUCGUACGCGGUCAUCACACGAGGAGAACGUCGGCUUUCGUACGCGCUUGUGCCGCGUUCUGCUUCAUCACCAUACCAUCGUUAACUCUGGUCCACACGCGCCUUCAACUGUAUCUGCUGUCCGGGCAAGUCGCUCUUUUGAAUCAGUGUCUAGGCCAAGCCGACGCUUGCUUCAAGGCUGCUUUAAGCUUGGUUCCGGAGAUGCCGAAAACUAUCGAUAUCGAUGGGAGACAGAAGAGCUCGCAACCGUACUUGCUGUCGUACUUGUCGAAUUUCUUGUCAACGUUGCUGGUAGUUCCGGAUAGUCCCGAGCACGGUGUCUUAUACCUCAUGAGAGGCUUGCUCAAUGCGGUUCAACGUUGCUUCGAAGAGAACACUUCAACCAAGUCAUACCUAUACUUGCGUGUGUUGGAUCUUCUGUCUACAAUAGCCCAAGAAAAUUACCCGUACCAUAUUGACAAGGUUGAUUCGAACGAUAAGUUGUAUGGAUCCGAUCAGAAGUUUAUUGGGGAGAUCAAUAAAAUUUGCUCCAAGAUCGUUGAGGAGAUCCUGAAUCACCUCAAAUACCUCGGUUCAACCGAGCAAUUCGACAAGCAGUCGGCUUUGGCGCUCGAGCUGUUCAACUGCUUCGUUAUCCGCGCUGAUUUGCGGGAGCCCGCGCUGGCGAACAUGGCUGUUAAUUUGUGGAACUUGUCGCAACGACAUGGUCCGUUGGAUCCCAAAGUGGCGAUGAGGACGAAGGCAUACAUGAUGCAGAAGAGUCACCAUCGGGAGUACGAAUACUUUGCCGAUGUACUUAGGAAGAUGUCGAAGUGAGUGACACUGGCAGAGGCUCUUGGAGAUAAUUGUCCGAGUACAGUUUGGACGCGCGCGCGCGUACUCGCGCUUUUUAUUGGCAGUUCUCUUGGAAGACAUUUUGUGAUUGUACAAUAAAUUGUCUGCAUACGUCAGUCCAAUUGAUUAGUGCACAUAAACGGAAGAGACGUGUGUCUAGUGUAAAUUAUAAUCAAUCAAAUAUAAUAUAUAUGUAUAUAA